GUACCGCUGGUCUUAGACCCGCCUCCUCGCCUGUUCUCAACUGAGUCCUGGAGACGGAGGAUAAAUAUUCGGCCUCUGGGUGGUGUAUUUUAUUGAGCAUCUUGACUUCGAGAGAGCAGAAUCAUGUCUGGUAGAGGUAAAGGCGGUAAGGGACUCGGCAAAGGGGGCGCAAAGCGUCAUCGUAAGGUCCUUCGCGACAACAUCCAGGGAAUCACCAAGCCGGCUAUUCGCCGUCUGGCUCGCCGUGGCGGUGUUAAGCGUAUUUCUGGUCUGAUCUACGAAGAGACUCGCGGUGUGCUGAAAGUCUUCUUGGAGAACGUGAUCCGCGAUGCUGUCACCUACACCGAGCACGCUAAGAGAAAGACCGUCACCGCCAUGGAUGUGGUGUACGCCCUGAAACGCCAGGGGCGCACUCUGUAUGGCUUCGGCGGGUAAACAUUCAACACCGAACCACGUAAACACAACGGCUCUUUUAAGAGCCACC